AGCGCCCAAGCCCGUAAAAGGGUCAUUGUUCUCUAGAACAUUAAGUAUUGGUAAAUCAGUCUAAUUUCCAUUAAAUAAAACCGCGUGCUUUUAACAAACUUACCUAUCCAAGGCAUCAUCCCUCGCUCGCGGAAUUGUGUGAGACGACCAAGGGUUUGAGAAAUGAAGAAGAUCGACGAACCAGUCGUCGGGAUCCCGUACUACGUCGGCCAAAAUCCAUAUCAGGCCGGCCUGAUCCCGCCAAACGCGGUCUUCGGCGACCCCAAGGGAAUUCCGAUUCAGCAAACGAUUUACCGGGACACUCCCGCUCCUUUUAACUGCAAUUUCUGUGGCAAUUCUGGAGUUACCAGCGUCAGAUCAAAGCCUAGUCUCGCGGCUGUUGUUGGAUGCAUGAUGCCGAUGAUGCUUGGAUUUUGCUUUCUCAUGCCUUCAAUGGAUUGUCUCUGGCAUAAAUAUCACCAUUGUCCGGUUUGCAAGGAAAAGGUUGCUGAUUUUGAGAAACCAGAUCCUUGUGCGGUGAUGGAUCCUCCACACUGGAAACAGCAGAGCUUUGCAUUGCCUGCUUGAGAUAUCGUGAGAGGUCUAGUAUUCGCAUUGUCUGCUUUUCACUGGCCGGCAUGUAAUCUUAUUGUCUUAUCAGGAGCUCUUUCGGCUAUGUGUUGUCUUUACACAAUGCUGUAAACAAGGCUGUUAAUGCAUAUAUUUUUAAUAUGGUGUGUAAACAACGUUUUCUCUCAAAAUAUUAAAUAGUGCAUGAAUUACUUGUGAAAUGCUUUCCCCAUGUCACUAUAUGGCCAUGUAAAUUAGAUAUUAGACCUGUACCGUUCGUGUUUAUCAAUAAAUAACAGUUGGGGCUUGCUACAA